AUGCAGUUGAUAGGCCGUUGGGAAUAUUAACAGCACCUAAGCGGCGAGCAUUUAUUGCAUGCAUGUAGCUCUCUCUGGUUUACCACCACCUACAACUUGUCCAAGUCGUCCAUACAUGUUCUCAUGCGCAUAAGGUUUCCCAUCCUCUGCACAUGACCUUCUGUACCUUUCUCAGCUGACCAACGAUAGAUAAUUCAUUUAAAUCUCUCUCUCUCUCUCUCUCUCUCUCUCUCUCUGUGUAUAUAUAUAUAUAUGAUCAUGUUGAGGUUCUCGAUCAGAGCAGUGGUGAGACAAUAGGAGAAGUGUAGUUGAGGUUCUUGAGAGCACUAGUACUGUACUUUAAAAAGCGGGCCGGAUUCAAGAAAAUGGGCAUAUUAUCAUCGAUGACAGGGUGGAGAGGACGGAGUGGGUUUGGAUCAGCUUCAACUGCUGAAGAGGUUACUGAAGGGAUUGAUGCCAGAAACCUCACUGCUAUUGUCACCGGGGGGGCAAGUGGAAUUGGCUUGGAGACCGUAAGAGUCUUGGCUCUUCGAAAAGCUCAUGUAAUCAUUGCUGCGAGGAACACAGAAGCUGCUAAUGCAGCAAAAGAACUUGUUCUUGAAGACAACAAAACUGCGCGUGUGGAUGUUCUGAAGCUCGAUUUGUGCUCAGUGAAGUCCAUUAGAGCAUUUGUUGACAACUUCAUUGCUCUUGACGUUCCCCUUAACAUCUUGAUAAACAAUGCCGGUGUGAUGUUCUGCCCCUUCCAGCUUUCAGAAGAUGGAAUAGAGCUGCAAUUCGCAACAAAUCAUCUUGGCCAUUUCCUCUUAACAAAUCUUCUGCUGGAGAAAAUGAAGCAGACAGCAAGAUCAACCGGAAUCGAGGGCCGGAUUGUCAACUUGUCAUCAGUAGCACACCACCACUCUUACGGGCACGGGAUUCGAUUUGAGAGAAUCAAUGAUAGCAUUGGUUAUUCUAACAAAAAGGCAUAUGGACAAUCCAAACUAGCAAACAUAUUGCAUGCCAAUGAGCUGUCUCGUCGUUUUCAGGAAGAAGGUAUAAACAUUACAGCGAAUUCAGUCCACCCAGGACUGAUAAUGACUCCUCUAAUGAGGCACUCUGCACUUCUGAUGAGAAUCCUAAAGGUGUUCACCUAUUUCCUAUGGAAAGACGUACCCCAGGGAGCAGCCACCAGCUGCUAUGUGGCACUCCACCCAAGUUUGAAAGGUGUGACUGGAAACUACUACGUGGACUGCAAUGAAAUGGGGCCAAGUGCACUUGCAAGAGAUCAAGUGUUGGCUACAAAACUCUGGGACUUCAGCGAAGACUUGAUCAAGUCGGCUUCAAAACCUUGAAUACAUGAGGAUCUGCAGCUUGUUAUAAGUUUGAUCGUUUAUAUUUGCUUUAAACUCUUUUGUUUCAUACCCCAAAAACCAGCUUGAUCGACUUGAUAGUCGUUUACAUCAUAUAUAGUGUCACGAAGUGCCAUUUAAGCAAUAUUACAUCAUUAUUUGGUUAUUGGUUUCGUAUAUGUGAAGAAUUUGCACUUUCUUGCAGAAAAAUUAUAUUUGUAAGUUCUUCCUUAAUGAUAAAGUAAUGAUUUGAUUCAAAA